AUGAUACAUCAGUACCUCUCCCCUCGACAGACGAGUCACUUUGUGUCAUUCUUCAAUCCCCCGACUGGCACGGUAAUAAUGUCCUCUCAAGAGGAGGAUGCGACCUAUGGUGUCCCCUUUGUCAAUGCCUGCUGGGUGAGUAUCACCUCUCUCUCCUCGGCUGCUUUAGUUAACCUUGUACAGGCUCUCACAGCCGUUGUAUCAGUUACUCUAAUCUUCAGAUAUGUCGUCAAAGCAUGGGCCAGCUAUAUUCUCCCCAAAGUCAGCUCCCCGAUGCGGAUAUGGGGAGCAGAGGAUUUAUUAUUCUUGACUGGAUACGCAUUUGAUAUUUCUCAUAUCGUGUAUAUACAGAAAAGUCUCGACUGGGGCCUUGGUCGACACGUGUGGUUUUUAAAAGAUCAGGAACGCAUCCUCGCUAUGAAAUAUGACUUUAUCUCUCAGCCACUGGCCGUGGCCGCCUCCAUGUUCUCCCGCUGCGGAAUGACCUGGUUCCUGUAUACAUGCUUCAGCAGUGCGGACAAACAUAUACGGAUCAUCAUUCUCGUGGGCAUGGUUGUUCAGAUUGUUGCGAACUCCGUCACAAUUCUGCAGAUUGUGCUGCAGUGUGGGCCAAAUCCAUAUCGAUUGGUUGAUAGAACCGCAUAUUUCCAUUACAUGUGGGACGGCACGCCAAGCGAUGGCUCAGUAACAUGUCAAUCGCCCAAUGUCCAGACGACGAUCGGAUUCGUGCAAGGAGGCUUCAACACAACGGUCGACUUCGCCCUUACAAUCCUCUCCGCAAUGCAGCUCUGGCAGUUCAGCAUCCGCGCCACCGACGCCGCGCCCUCCGGCCACGGCAGCUCUUUCAUAAGUCGGUUCAAGCGCAUGCCGAGACAGGCGAGGAAUAGACGCAUCUGGCAGACGAUCAUACUUAGUGGGCCACUGGCGCUGUCGGGGUGUGCUUCUAUUGUUAAGACUUAUUUAUUGAAAUCAUUGGGCGAACGGAAUGACUUCACGCACAACAUAAUCACCUUCAUCCUCUGGGUCAAAAUCGAAAACUACAGCAUCCUCCUCGCAACCUGCGGCCCCAUAAUCCGCCUCUUCGUCCGCGUCGUCUUCGAUUCCAAGAAACCCGCCAAGUGGGGAUACUGGUCUUCCGGCGGCGGAGGCAAUCCCGCAAACGGAUAUGGACAGAGCCAUAGCCACGGUCACAGCCACGGACGCGGACUGGAUCUUGAUGGCGGCAGUCAUACGCAGAAUCAGGGGUCGGUGGUUAUGACUGUUUUUGCGGAUAAGGGCGAAGAGGGGAUGCGGGGGCGUGGUCGGGGGAGGGUUGGGAGUGGGAGUGGGAGUGGGGGGAGUGAUAAUGAUGGGAUUGAGGAUGGGAGGAGUAGCGGUGGUAUUGAGGGGGCAGGUCGGGGUGUACAGGGGGUUACGGUUAAGACGGACAUCACUGUGCAUGUUGACGAGGAUGGGGCGUCGACGACGAAGUUGGUGAGGUCGAGGUAUAGUUAG